AUGCCCAAUCGUUUGAAGGUCCUUUGCAGCAACCUUUUUGGUGACGCUCGCUCUAACGUAGUAAGUAAGAGUGAGAGGCCUCCGGGCAUCGAGCGAGAGCGGCGUCGCGAUCGCGGAAAACAGCUAUUGGUUUCUAACACAGUGAUCAUAAGCAACGUAUUUUGUUUUUGUGCGUGUCUUCAUUACUUAAAUCGAGAGUUUUGUGCAAAUAUGUCGAAGUCGGGUGCAGAAAGGACAAAAACGUGGCGGGAGAAAAAACGGGCGAGUGAAGGAAUUGAUCAGAAUAGAAAACGGAAAAAAAGUAGAACUGAAAUUGAACGAGAUAGCAGGGAACGGAGGCAAACACGUGCUAACCUCUUACGUGACAGUGUGGACGAUAGUGUAAAUAAUCCAGAGAAUGAACUAUUAGCAACGACUUCGACUCAUCCUCCUCCUGAUUGUGAUGUAUAUAGUGGUGAUCGAUUACAAUAUUCAGACUUUAAUAAGUUUAAAACUGCACAUAAGAACUUUCACCGUGAUUUUAUAAAUAAUCCAUUCGGUUUUACGUGUUGUGUAUGUGAUAGAUUAUUGUUUAAAAAUGACUUGAAGACUCUAUCCGUUGAAAAUGAAAUUCGUAUUCAACAAAAAUUUCCAGAAUUCAGAAGUAAUAAUGAGCUGGCAUGCACCAGCUGUCGCCAGGCUUUGAGGAGAGACAAAAUUCCACCAUUGUCGAAAUUGAAUGGCUUUGUAUAUCCCCCGAUCCCUGCACAUCUUCCGAAGUUAGAUUUAGUGUCCGAGAGACUCAUUUCUCCUAGAAUUCCAUUUAUGCAAAUUCGCAGAUUGCGUCAUGUGCAUGGACAAUUCCCGAAAAUAAUAGAGUUUAUUCACCUUCACUUGCUGCCGUAUACCCGCUCAAACAAUUAUAUUAAAGUUACAAAAACUUUCUUCCAACAUUUUCUGGUCCUUCGAGCCGGAUCGGAGGAACAUUUUUUGAUCAAUUUUGGUGAAAUUGUUGUCCCCCAAUCCCGCCGAGCGCCACCGGCACUUGAUAGUGCCGCCUCACCACAUCGAGGGCCCGCUCCUACUAUUCAACAGUGCCGACCCUCCAUCAUCGAGGGCCCGCUCCUGCCGUUCGCUCAUAGGGAUCCGCUCAUCUGGAGUACUUUUCCGAAUCGUCGUCAUCAAAACCACGCUCUGCUGUCACCCAUGGCCUCCUUUGAGGUUACCAUGGGGCUGAAUGCAUCGAGGGGUGCAUUCAUCGAAAGGGUACAUAAGGAACUGCUCGGUGAUGAGGUGGACCAGCUCACCAUAACAUCCUUGCAUGCCAAGCUGGAUAUCCUCGAAACUUAUUGGGAUAAGUUCGAGGCUACUCAUGAGAAGCUCGUCGGAGGGAGCUCAAAGGUGGAAAAUGUACUGGAAUUGGAGUACUUUCGGGAGCACCUCUUCGAUCGCACCAUUGUGCAUUAUCACGAAGCUAAGGGGAUCCUAACGCAGCUCAUUGACAGGAAGGGCGUGUCCACAAGCUCACGCCGCUCUGCUGCAGGAGGAACAGCUCAACCAUCAAGUGCUAAAAAGUGCCUGCCAGAAAUUGCUCUCCCUAAAUAUUCUGGUGUAUUCUCGGAAUGGCGGUCCUUCCGAGAUUUGUUCAGCUCACUGGUCGGCUCAAACCCAGACAUCCCGAAUGUGGAAAAGAUGCACUACUUGAGGACGAGCCUCAAGGACGAGCCAGCUCGCAUCAUAUCCAACAUCACCAUCUCCGAUGAUUCAUUUGCUUCUGCUUGGGAACUGCUCCUUACACGCUAUGAAAAUAAGCGUCUCCUCGUCUCAGCGCAGCUCGACCGCCUACUCAAUCCACCAGGCAUCACCGCUCACAGUGCUCGAGAGUUAAAUACCCUGUUGACCACUGUCGCCGAAGCAUUGAACGCUCUGGAGGCAUUAGGGUCACCGACUGCUCAUUGGGACCAGGUCCUGGUUUAUGUGGUAUCCAAACGGCUCAGCUCGAAGCUCCGAGAAGCAUGGGAAGUGAAAGUCGGGUCGUCCACCGACUUCCCCAGUUUUUCAGCCUUCAAGGACUUCCUCAGCGGGAGGGCUCGUGCCAUGGAGAGCAUGGAGAUCAACACGCCCGCUCGCUCCACGGAUCAGGCUACGAGGCCUCCCACCGUCAGCUCAAGAAGGCCUCCCUUGUCGGUCAAGGUGCAUCACGCAGCUGCUCCACAGCCACAACAGGCCAGGCCAACUCCCAGGAACACUUCAUCAGGGAAAGUGACCUACCCCUGCUCGAUGUGCCAGGCAGACCACUAUCUGUCAACCUGCACAUCAUUUCGUCAGCUCACUGGUCCAGCUCGUCGGGAGAUAGUGGAACGGUACUACCUUUGCUACAACUGUCUCGGUCGCCACUCAGUCAAUGACUGCAGAUCACAGACGAGAUGCCAGCUAUGUGGAGGUCUCCAUCACACGAUGCUGCACUCCACCUCGACCACAGCUCCACCUAAGCCCAGUCACGGGCCAUCUUCUAGAACCGCUCAAGGUACUGCUCAAGACCAAGCCCCAUCAUCAUCAGCUCGACCAUCCGGGGUACCAAUGGUCACGUACACCUACGGGGAUGGGAUUGCCGUUUCGUGCUCAGCUCGUCAGCUCGAUUCUGGAAUUCCUGGUUGCCGUCCUGGGGUACUUCUGGCCACGAGUCUAGCUUAUCUCGUGUGUCCAGAUGGGGCCGCUCACCGCAUACGUCUGCUCAUCGACCCAGGAUCAGAAAUAUGUCUUAUUGGGGACCAGAUUGUGCGUCGUCUGGGACUUACCAGGUCCAAGACUUCACUACUCAUUUCCGGAAUCGGAAACUCGGCAUCUGGGCCGGCACUAGGCAAGGUACCGCUCACCAUACAGUCCACUCAUUCUUCAUUUCAACUGAGAGUCAUGGCCUAUGCUCUCAGCCAGCUCACCACAUCGUUACCGAUGUUUACACCCGGACAGCUCAAGUGGGAUCAUCUUGAAGGGUUGCAACUCGCUGAUCCCAACUUCCUGGCACCAGCACCGAUUGACGUCCUACUUGGUGCUGACGUCUACGGCCAGCUCAUCCUGCCAGAGGUCAUCACGCAUGACCCAGGUUCACCGUCGGCUCAGCUCACUCGACUCGGAUGGGUCAUCUUCGGGCCCACUGAAAGUGUUGCGUUAGCUCACAUGGCCACAGCUAACCUUGCGGUAUCCAAUGAGGACCUCGAUGGCUUACUCACCAGGUUCUGGGUCCAGGAAGAGGUUGCUGAGACUUCAGAGGUACAGCUCACCGACGAGGAAGCUCAAUGCGAAGAACACUUUCGGCGGACGCACACCAGGGACUGCUCCGGACGUUAUAUUGUCCGGCUACCGCUCAAGACUCCGCCCUCAGUGCUUGGGGAUUCACGAGCGUCCGCGCUCGCAUGCCUUCACCGACUGCUCAGGAAGUUCUCCCGUGAUGAGGGAUACCAUCAACUCUACACAGAAUUCCUCAAGGAAUAUGAAGCCCUUGGCCAUAUGCGCCGGGUCUCCGGACAGCUCACUCAGACAGCUCAUCGACAGCGUAUGGGGGAGUGCACAGCUCUCGGGACGACCUUGGCACAUGAAGUUCCGGCUACAGGAGGGUUGAGGGUCCCGGAUAGCUCGUACACCGCUCAGGCUGUCACUUCUCCGGAAUAUUUCUUCCCUCACCACGGUGUCGUCCGAACCAGCAGCGAGACGACGAAGCUCAGAGUUGUGUUCAACGGCUCCCAUAAGACCAGCUCGGGACAGACGCUCAACGAGAUUAUGCAUACUGGAGCCAAACUCCAGAGAGACAUUGCUGAUGUCCUGCUCUUCACUCGACGGUACAAGCUCAUCUUCAUGACGGACAUCACCAAGAUGUUCCGCCAAAUCGGAGUACAUCAGGAUGAUUGGCCGCUCCAACAGAUACUUUGGGCCGAUGCAAAUGAGAACGUCACCACACAUCAGCUCACCACCGUCACGUAUGGAACUAGGUCCGCUCCAUUCUUUUCCAUACGUGUCUUGAACCAGCUCGUGGAAGACGAGGGCAGUAACUAUCCUCUCGCCGUGGAGCCGCUCACGAAAGGGCGAUAUGUGGAUGAUAUUUGCGGAGGAGCUGACUCGGAGGAGGAGUUACUCAAGACCGCUCAUCACGUGACUCAACUUUGCCAAUCAGGCAGCUUUUCGUUGGCGAAAUGGCACUCCAACAGUGCAGGUCUGCUCAGCGCACUCAGGUCGGACAGCACCUCCCACGAUCAAAAGGUGAUCGAGGACUCGCGCACCAAGAUCUUAGGGGUUUCAUGGCACCCAGGAACGGACAGCUUCACGUUCUCCAUCGCUCGGCCUGAAACCAACUCCAUCUCAAAACGAGUCAUCCUGUCGGAAACCGCUCAGCUCUUCGACCCUCUUGGCUUCCUCGCGCCAGUGGUGGUACGAGCGAAGAUACUACUACAGGCGCUCUGGAUUGAGAAACUGGGAUGGGACGACCCAGUUUCCCCGACAACAGCUCAUCGAUGGCGACAGUUCAGGGAUGAGCUCAACCAGUUGUCGGAGGUCACCGUGCCACGGUGGCUUGGACUGCUCAAGGGCUUCGACGUGGAAGUCCAUGGAUUUUCCGACGCAUCUCAGGUGGCUAUGGCAGCUGUCAUUUACCUUAAGGUUCCGCACCUACCUGGAAAUGGUAUCACGCUCGUCUGCUCCAAGACUAAAGUAGCACCGCUCAAACGGCUGACCAUCCCACGCCUGGAACUUACGGCAGCCCUGCUCCUAGCCAAGCUCAACGAUACGUUCAGGAUCAGCUCAACCUCAGAGCUGCGCCCACCUACCUCUGGACCGAUUCCUCAGCUGGUGCCUGGCAAGGAGAAUCCAGCAGAUUGUGCUUCUCGAGGUCUCACCGCGCAACAGUUAGUAGCACAUAAGCUGUGGUGGACAGGCCCGCCAUGGCUACAACAGCAACGCUCACCGAUCUUGGCCAACUCACGUUCUAGAAAGGGACCUCAAUGUGGACCUCGAAGAGAAGCCGGGGCAGAUUUACUACGGCGCCGCAAGCAAAUAGCUAUCUGGGAUCUCAUCGAUAGGUUCUCUUCGUUCAACCGGCUGCUUCGGAUCACCGCGAUCUGCUCAAGGUUCAUCGCUCGGCUUAGGAGGGUUCCUAAUACGUCACUCCAUUAUCCGCUCACGCUCAGCGAGCUGGAAGACGCACGGCUCCUUUGGAUCAAGCUCACCCAGACAGCUCAUUUCAGGGAGGAACUACGGAUAAUCUCUCGCGGGGAGAAAUUCACCAGGUCCCAUCCGCUCACCAAGCUCACCCCGUUUAUCGAUCGUCAAGGGAUCCUGCAUGUUGGUGGACAGCUCAGGUUCGCACAGCUCGACCCCGAGAGCAAAAAUCAGGCCAUCAUCCCAAAGGAAUCGCAACUGGCUCGCUUACUGAUAAGCCAAGAUCACCUACGGACACUUCACGGCGGGACACAGGUCACUCUUUGUCAGCUCAGGACUGCUUACUGGAUCCUCGGAGGCCGAGCUCCAGUGCGCUCCCUUAUUCUUAAAUGCGUGAAGUGCGCUCGACAACCCCGACUCACACCCGCUCGCGCCUUUCUCAACACGGGGGUCGAUUACGCCGGCCCCAUAUCGCUCCGGUCAUGGAAGGGACGGGGUCACAAGUCAUACAAGGGUUGGUUGGCUAUCUUUGUCUGUAUGACCACCUCAGCCGCGCAUCUCGAGGUAGUAUCAGACUACUCAGCUGAUGGAUUCCUAGCGGCAUACAGACGUUUCUCCAGUUGGCGCGGGAUCGCUCACACCUUAUUUAGCGCCUGCGGUACCACUUUUCUCGGCACUGAUAAGGAGCUCAGGAGACUAUUCUCAGCAGGAUCAUCCGAAUCUCGACAGCUCGCCCAGCUCCUCAUUCAAGAUGGGACCCAAUGGUCCUUCAACCCUCCAAGCCCACCACACUUCGGAGGCAAAUGGGAGGCGGCAGUGAAGUCGGUGAAAUAUCAUCUCACCCGGACUAUUGGGGAGGAUCUGCUCACCUUCGAGGAACUCACCACCUUGCUCACCCAAGUUGAGGCAGUUCUCAACUCACGGCCGCUUGAACCGCUCACUGAUGAUCCUGACGACUGCUCGGCUCUGACCCCCGGGCACUUCCUCAUAGGCCAGGCUCCUACGACUCUUCCAGAGCCAUCAUUGGAGAAUCUUAACAUCUCUAGACUCUCCCGAUGGCAGCUCAUCCAACGAAAACUCUAA